CGCAGGACCCGCUCGGAGUCGGGGAGCAAAGCAGCGGAGCCCGCGCGGGGACAGCGCCGAGCUGCCUGACGUCUGUCUCCGAGCCGCUCGCCAUGGCAGGCGCGCAGCAGCAGCAGCAGCCCCCUUACCUGCACCUGGCCGAGCUCACGGCGUCCCAGUUCCUGGAGAUCUGGAAGCACUUCGACGCAGACGGAAAUGGUUAUAUUGAAGGGAAGGAACUGGAAAACUUUUUCCAAGAGCUGGAGAAGGCAAGAAAAGGCUCUGGCAUGAUGUCCAAGAGUGACAACUUCGGGGAGAAGAUGAAGGAGUUCAUGCAGAAGUAUGACAAGAACUCGGAUGGAAAAAUUGAGAUGGCAGAGCUGGCACAGAUCCUACCCACCGAGGAGAACUUCCUUCUCUGUUUCCGGCAGCAUGUGGGCUCCAGCACAGAGUUCAUGGAGGCCUGGCGAAGGUACGACACGGACAGGAGCGGCUACAUCGAGGCCAAUGAGCUUAAGGGGUUCCUGUCUGACCUGCUGAAGAAGGCAAACCGGCCGCACGAUGAACCCAAGCUCCAGGAGUACACCCAGACCAUCCUGCGGAUCUUUGACCUGAAUGGGGAUGGCAAACUGGGCCUCUCCGAGAUGUCCCGACUCCUGCCGGUACAGGAAAACUUCCUGCUCAAAUUCCAGGGCAUGAAGCUGACGGCAGAGGAGUUCAAUGCCAUCUUCACCUUCUACGACAAGGAUGGAAGCGGCUACAUCGAUGAGAACGAGCUGGACGCCCUCCUGAAGGAUCUGUACGAGAAAAACAAGAAAGAAAUGAACAUCCAGCAGCUCACGGGCUACCGGAAGAGCGUCAUGUCCUUGGCUGAGGCGGGCAAACUCUACCGCAAGGACCUGGAGAUCGUGCUCUGCAGUGAGCCCCCAGUGUAGAGGGGCGGGCAUGGGGCUGCUCCCGCCUCCCCAGCCCUACCCUGCCACCCUGCCACUCCCCAUUCCACAGCCCCUCGCAACCUGCAGCCUGCAGCACAGGAGAUGAGAGAGGGGAGUUAAGGAUGGAGUCCCCACAUGCCCAUGACUGCCACCCGGCUCCACCUGCCUGAGGGGUCACCAGUUGCUUGGAAGGUUGAGUGGGGGGUGCAGGGGGCUCCCCUAAUCUCUCCAUGACAGUGCAUGAGCUCGUUCGCUGUGAUUUCGAGUCCCACAUCCAACAGACUGAGCCCUCCCUGUCAGUCCCCUUCCCACCCAACCUGCUAGCCAUGUAGUGCGUCCUCUUUAAAAUUCCUCUUGGAGGGGGUGGCCUCCCUUCCCCUGUCUUCCCAACUCUGUGCUCCUUUCCUCUUGGGGUUUCUCAUCUUCUUGUUUACCAAAGAAGAGUUUACAGACAAUAAACGGAAGCUUACCCA